CACGAAAAACAAAAAAAGCACCGGCACGCUGGGGGUACUGAGAGUGCCUCGCUCUCGUGUGAAUCCAUUUUUUUAGUGAAUUUGUGAUUCUGGGCAAGAUUUUGACGGUAGUCGUUAUAUUUUAUUAAUCAUAUGUAUAAGUUCUUGAUGUGAUAAUCUAACUCAUCACUUCCAAUAGGAAGCUGGACUAUAUUGUGAAACCACCAUGCACCAAUGAAUGCAAGACUAGAAAUGAAGCUGAAUAUAUUGUUUUCGUGCAUUUUUGGUAUUGGUCCGGCUUCUUUCCUCGCACGUGCAGACUGGGUGGACGAGCAAAAAAAACAUGCGGAAACUAAUUUGGACGCAAAUAAUAAGCCUUCCUGGUCACAAGCAGAAUAUCACACACCAAAUGAUCUGUUCCUGGAAUUCUCCGAAAUUCGAAACAGCAGAGCUUUUAUUGACAAGACAUUUUUCCUUCACGAAUGGCUGACCCACCGGCCAAAACAUUGGUAUGUGACCGCACCCCCUGGCUUCGGCAAGACCGCAUUGGCAAAAAUGGCAGUGCAAUUUCUAAACGCCUCCGCCGAAAUCUUCGAUGGCGUAGAAAAGUUUCAUGAUAGGCACAAGACGGCGGUUUACGAGCUCUUUCAAGGCACCAACAUAUUUGAAAUGAAAGAAUUUUUCGACCAGCACUUCCAGAACUAUGCUGUCAUAUACGUCGACUUAGCUCCCUUGAGCAACACGACGGAAGCUAUGUAUUUGAAACAAGACGAUUUCAACACGCAGGACUUCCAUAUAUAUUUCAGGUUGGUGAUAAAAAAAAUGAUGAGCUAUUACCCAUCCCUUCUUUUCCAUCAAAGUUUAACGGAUAUCGAAAGAGAACGCUUCAGAGAAUAUCUUGAAAACGGAAUGGAGACUGCCGUUCGCCCGACUUUAUUCUGGAAUUGUAUUUCAUUCUUGAAGGAGAUGCUUAAAAAAACCUUGAAGAAGGAGGUCAUUGUUAUAAUAGAUUCCUACGACGCAUUAUGCAAACCUAGUAUGGUUGGGGAUCUUUCAAAACUACAAAGACCUUACAUAGGUUCAUACAUGAUCAACUUCAGUAAGCUGCUACUUCAAGAUAGACUGGCAACCGUGCUGUAUCUCGGAACGAUCAACACUAGAGAAUUGAUGCUUCUAAAACCCUCUGACGUGGGUAUGCAAAUGGUAGUUCCGAUCACUCAUACUCCCUUUUCAACCGAUGAACGUCUCGCAAAGUACUUUGGACUAUCCAAGCAAGAAGUUGAUGAUAUUUUGUCCAAACAUUCAAUGGAGGAACAUCUCGGAGUAGUUAAUGAUCUUUUGAACGGACAUGCAGUUAUUGGGUCAUCUCUUACUCUGUUCAAUACUAAAUACGUGCUUUCGUACAUUGAACAUAGAAAUGCUUCAACCAUCGCCUUUACUAUGCCUUCCACUGCCGAAAUUCUACAUCACUACAGAAAAAUUUUCUCGGUUGAGUUGAUCAGCAAUGUUGUGACCCCCUGUGUAUACAAGGAUAAAACUGAGAUGAAGGUCCAUCCUUUGGAGAUAGUUAGUUUUGCGAGCUUCACAAGACUGACAAUUUUGAUGGGUAAUAUGACAGGAGUGCAAAAGGAUAGAAGGAUAAGUCCUGAAAAUAUCAUGUCAUUUAUCAAACUCCUCCGGUUUCUGGGUCUCAUGUCGGUUAUUGAUGAGAAAAAAGAUGUUUCCAACCUCAGAGCCUCGAGCCGAAGUGAUGCUGAGUGUUUGAACACCUACUUAUACAGCAGUGGCAGUGUUGAGAAAUUCUUCAAAAUUAGCGCGCAAGACGAACUGACAAUAGUUCGUGCGAUGAAAGGUCUUGCAGCAACUGAUGAUUCAGUACAACUUUUAGGCGAGGCUAUUCAUAAUAUUAUCAAAGAAAAAGUACCCGAGUCCGAAUAUCAGUUGAAGUCUUUGUUGUAUCUGUAUUCAAGGAGGGUUGCAAUUCAGUACCCUGAGGACUUCGUAAUGGAAGCUGAAAUCGCAGCCCCUACGACGAAAUAUUCAGAAUUUCGAGCCGGAGAUGAAAGACGAAUCGACGUAAUUUUGCUCCAAAAGAAUAAGGGAAUAGGGAUUAUUCUGACAUCUAAAUUUGAUGUCAAUGCAACUUCUGUUUUAAAAGAAAUGGUAGAUUUUAAAUAUUCUGAAAUACUCGAUUCAGAUCUCCGCUUUUCAAAGUUCCCGAUUCAAGAGAAGAUUUUGAUCGCAAUUUCAGUGACGCGCAAUAAAUCAGUGGAAAUUGCCACGGAGGUUUGGCACAAUAACGGAAAAACUGUUUUAAAAUAUGCAAACAUAACAUAACGAGAGUCCUGAAACUUAAUAUUUGCUCCAAAAUUGUUAAAAAUAAUUGUAAAAGAUGUAUUACCAAUUGCACACGUGUGAUUUGUAUAUAUAUAGGUAUAUAGCAUGAAUAUAUCGAAUUUUAUAUUUUUCUA